AUGGAAGAUGUGGAGAUGUCGAGAUUAAAUGAGGAUAAGAGGAAUAUAGAAAAUGAAUAUUCAAACCAGUUAUUGUGGCAAAGCUAUAUAUACGAACCAGCAUAUUUUGAUAGAAUUAACAAAUUUGGAUAUAAUUACUAUGACUCAUCUGGGAUUUUUAAGUUUUUGUUUUUUAACUGGGUUACUAACUGGGCAUACUCAUUAUCCAAGUCAUAUAUCGAGCCUUAUAAACUACAUCCAUUGCCGAUUAAUGAUCAAAUACUCUAUUGGCAACCAAUCUUCUCCAAACAUGUUAGUGAUGGGAUUGUAAUGCUUGAAUCCCAUGGAUAUAUUGGUCCGAACGGUAGAAAAUAUGUAAAACCAGUAAAAUCUGUUUUACUACGCGCACUGUUCCUAACAUUUUGGAAAAGAACAUUGGUUGUGCUUCUGUCAGUUGUGACAACAAACAUACUGAGUAUGAAUAUCGCAAUCCUAGUAAAAUAUCUAUUGAAAAAUUUUAAUAAAAAAACACUCACUCAUUUAGAAAUAUAUUUGACUCUAUUAAUAAUUACUUCUGUUCAAAUUGCUGAUGGGCUUUUGACCGAGUUUUUUAAUUACUAUUUAAUUAGAUGGAGAAUUGUAUGGGAAUACUGUGUUUUGAUUACAGUGUUUCAAAACGGCCUGUGUUACAGAAGAAAUUUCUUCAACAAUGUGGAGGGAUACAACGUUUUAAAUGUUUGUAAUAGCGUGUUACAUAGUUGUUCACCAGAUUCCAAAUGUUCAGAGAACCCAUUAUACUGUCCUGCCAGGCGUUUCCAAAAUAAGGAUAUGAAUGCCAGGAUGUUCUCGUUUUUGAUGUAUGAUUCGUUCCAUGUAGCUUAUUUCUCUGAAUCUAUAGUAUUUGUUUUUAAUUUCUUGUCAAACUUCAUAUAUGGGCUGGUUUUAAUUUCAUUGCAAAUCAAAAUUAACCUGUGGAUAUUAUAUUCAACAGGGUUGACUAUUGUACUUUUAAUGGUUGGCGUUGAAAUAAUUAACGCAUUUUUGUUGAAGUUCUACUAUCAAAUAAAGGACUAUAGGAUUGGAGAGUUCGUUGAAAUUGUGGCAGAAUUGGGUAUAAUACAAAAAUUGCUCUACGAUGACAUUUCAACCAACAUUAUCACUGAUCGUAGGAAUGUCGAGCUCACAUUUAUUUUAAUAAGAUUGUUUUUGACGUUUCUUAAUAAAUCAUUUGUAGUUCUGUGCAAUAACAUAUCUUUCUAUAUUUUGAUAAGGUAUUUUGUAAAAACUGUUAAAGAAGCAAGCGUUGUAACUGAAAUUGAUACUGAGGGAUUUCUGUCUACAUUUUACAUUCUUUUUAGGAUUAUAAAUUCAAUGUUUAUGUUCCCACAUUUUCUUAAGUCAUUCGCCUUGUGUUAUGCAUCGUAUAAAAGGAUUAGUGAUUUUUUGAAUAAUUCGUCACCUAAUUUUUACAUUUGUGAUAAUAAAUUCACCGGCCCGACUGAAAUGUCAACUAAUGUCAUCCAUGUGACUAAGGAGAUUGACAAGGAUGUCGUAGUAUUAUAUAAGGAUGCGUCAUUCACAUGGGUACAUAAUAGGAAUGACUUGGCUAAUAGGAAUGAUGAGGUUCAUUUGAAGAAUGUAGACUUUCAGCUUAAGAGGGGUGAAAUCGCAAUAAUUACGGGACCUCAAGGUUGUGGUAAAUCAAACUUCAUAAAGUCAGUACUAGGUGAGAUGACACUGAUUGAAGGUUCAAUGGCUGUAGUGCCCCUUCAUACAUCAAUGCCUAUAUUUUAUGCUUCACAAGAUAUAUGGCUGCAACAGGGAACCAUUAGAUCAAAUAUAACAUUUGGGCAUAGGUUUGAUAAGGAUAUUUAUAACUCAGUCAUCAAGGGAGUUGAACUGGACACUGAUAUAUCAUCAUGGGAGAAAGGUGAUUUGAGAGUUGUUUCAGACAAGGCUCAUUCACUUAGUUGUGGUCAGAGAGUUAGAAUGGAGAUGGCUAGAGCCAUCUACGCCUAUCUCGUAUUCAGUAAGGUUAACAGGGAAUAUAACAGAGGUCAAUGUGCCUUCCUGAUGUGCCUUGAUUCACAAUUUCAUGGUUUAGAUCCAUUCGUAUCAAGAAAUGUAUUCAACAAUUUGUUUAAUCUGAAGACUGGAUUACUUAUUAAAGAUGAUUUAGCUGUUAUCAUGUCAUCAUCACUGUUGGUUCUUGACAAAUGUAUCAGAACCUCAGACUUAAACAAGUUCCCCAAUAUCCCUAUAUACGAAAUUGAUAGUAAAUUCGUGUCGUUUUGUUGUUACUUGCAGGAUGUUUUUAGUGAGACUAAAACAAACAAAGAGAUUUUAAACGUUUCUACAGUAUCUAGUCCAUACCAGAUUAGCUUUUUCACAGAAGAUAUGAUGACAUUGUGCUAUUCAGAUUCAAACAGUAAGAUUGGACGGGCAGCAAUUACAAGAUUCAAAUACAAGCAGUCGUUUAAUGAAAUUGUUAAAAACGACUACGAAGGACACAAAUUCAACCCAUAUUCAAUUUAUCUGAGUGCAGCCAAAUUAACACUUUCAAUUUUUAUUAUUGUCGUCAUUACCUCAAGCCUUAUGGAUAAUGUCAAGUUUUUGAUUUCUACAAAUCUAUCAGACUUCAUUAAUAAAAAGUCAAAGCAGUUUAAUGAAGGAUUCCCAGUAGAUAUAGAGGAAAUCAAAUCCAGAUCAAACUCCACCCUAAAAAUCAUUGUCAUAACAGUGUGUUUAAUCAUCGUCACAUCGUUUGUCUCGAGUGUGCUAUUCGCAAUUUCAAGUAUAAUUGCGUCAAGAAGGAUCCACGAGUAUUGCGUGAGCUCAGUUUUUAAAAACAGCUCAACAGUUAUUAAGAUCAAAAAGCAAAUUCACCAAGUUAUAACAUACCUCUCAGCGGAUAUCUACUUUAUUGAUGAGUAUGUAGCAGGAUCCAUAUCAACAGCACUAAUGUCCUUAAUUCAGACAUUCGUGUCAAUAGGAAUACUAUUUUAUACCAUGCCACUGUCAAUUCCACUAUUAACUGUGUCAAUAUUGAUAGUUUUUGAACUGACAGUGUCAAAAUAUGUCUUGUCCUCCACGAAUAUCCAAGUAGCAAGGUUAGAAACAAUGGCGCAUAUUAAUACAGACUGCGAAAAUGCCAUUUUGUCCUCAUCAAUUUAUAGAAGCUUUAAGAAGGAGUGGGAACUAGUAAACGAUGUUUUCGAGAAUGUAGAUUAUAAAGCUAGAUGUCGAUUCUUGAUAAGGUCCAUUUCAACAUGGGUUUCAGUGUUGUUUAAUUGGAUAUUCUCAAUCACAACAGCAUUGUUCCUGGCAAUGAUGAUAAUAUUUGAUAAAUUUACAAAAUAUGAAAUGGUUGUUGGUUAUUUUGGAUUAGGUUUAUCACUCAGCAUGAGUGCAAUUAAAUCUUUUAGCAACUUUUCAUUCUGUUUUGCAGAUUUGCAGGUGUUUUUGUGUUCAGUUCAAAGGUUUCAGCUAUUCGUUCCGCCUGGAACCAAGUGUGUGUUUGACAAGUUCCACAAUAUUCACGAAGAGGAUUUAGUUGUUAAUUCUAGCAAACCAAAUUUGCAGAUGGAUAGAAAAAAGUUAUUGAGAAGGAGGAAGCAUGAGUUCAAAGAUACAAACCCAAAUAUUCUAAAGAUGCUCUUCUUCAGGCCAAAGAUUAACAUUGUUGAUAUUUGCAAAUAUCUGCCACCUGAACAUCGUGGUGUGGUCUUGAAGGAUAUUUGUGUAUACACAACAUCUCAGAUGAAUAAGGAAGGCCUUAUCCUAAAUAACAUAAAUGCAUCACCGACUAAGUCAGAUAUUAUCGGAAUCAUUGGCAGAACUGGAGCUGGUAAAACAACCUUAUUAUCAGUUCUACAAAAUACCGCAAGGCAUAGAACUGGUCAAGUAUUGCUGGAUGGCAUUGAUUUAAAAGACAUUCCCAAGAGUGUUAUUAGGCACAUUAUUGGUGUUCUACCUCAGCUUCCAUUUGUUUUCAAGGGUUGGACUAUCAGAAGAUUUUUGGAUCCAAGGAAACUGUUUAGUGAUGAUGAAAUUAAUGACGCCCUGGAUAAAUGUGGUCUCCUUGAGUUUGUUAACCGCCUACCAGGCAACUUAAAGCUUGACACUGUUAUUAUCAAGGAAUCUUUCAAUUUUAAAAAACUCAAACCAGAUGAUUCACCUAGUAAAAAAACAAUUGAUUACAACGAGCAUUCUCAUUAUGAUAAGUCCCUAACAAUGGGUGGAAUUCAACCAGAAGAUAUUAUGUUAUCAAUAAGUCAGCUCAGAACCCUCUGGUUUGCAAAGCUUGUACUAUACAAGGAUUUGUAUAGGAUGAUAGUCAUUGAUGAGCCUCCUUCUGAUAACAUUUCAAACGAAGAUGAUGAAAACAACACCAAUGAUAUCGGAAUUCCAAUUUACGAGCUACUUGACAAAUAUUUCAAACAUUGUACUUGUUUUGUCACUGCACACUAUGCCAAUGUUCUUAAAUCUUGUACAUCAGUCUGGGUAAUGCAUAACGGUCGUCUAAUAAAGAGUUAUAAUGCCUCAGAUUUAUCAAAAAAUGAUUCAAUAUCAAAUAUUAUUGAAGAAAUGAUCAGUAAAUAUUAG